AUGAAAUUAUUUUUUAUAUGGUUUAAUUUUAUUCAGUUAACAUUGCAAACAGAAAUUUUAAGUCGAUAUAAUAGAAAUUUUUCAGUUAUUUUGAAUUUAAUUAAUAUUCCACAAUUGAUUGAUCAUGGUUGGAUACCAGUAAAUGAUACAUCAAAUUCAACACUUACUGAAGAUCUUUUAUCCACACUCGAUAUUGUUGAAACGAAUACUACGAAUCAAACAAAUCUUGCUGUUCGAACACCAUUCUCUCCGAAUCAGCAAAAAACAACUCUUCUUCAUAUCAAUUCAAAUUCAAAAAUUUCUCAAUCUACUUUACCUGAUACAUUUAUUCUUCUAAUAACAUUUCGUUCUGUUAAAGAUUCAUCAGGAACAUUGUUUUCUUUGUUAGACAAUAAUACAUUAUCUAUAUUUGAGAUAAAAAUCAAUACAAAUAUUACUGUCAUCUAUCAUUAUAAAGAAAAUAUAGAACAACUUAUUUUUCAUCAUAAAACAUUUGUACCUAAUGAUGGACUAUGGCAUCAAAUUAUUUUUGUAUUUGGAUUUAAAUCAGUUAUACUUCGAUUUGAUAAUCAAACAAAUGAUGAUAUUGAAUUACCAUUGAACUUAAAUCGAUUAACACGAAAUUUUAAUAUAACAAAUGUUCUUUUUCUGAGUGCAAAUGAUCAUGAAGAAUAUCAAAAGGAUUCAUUUUUUCAGGGUGAUAUUAAAGAUAUUCUUAUCAUUGAUUGGGAUUUAUAUGAUAAUGGCAAUAGUACAGUACAUAAAGUCUUAAAAGAUCAAGAUCUAAAUCGAAUACAAACUCUCAAAGUCCAUUCAACUCGAUCGAUAUCUUCUUCGGAUAUUCUAAAUGAAAAUGCAAUAGGACAAUUCGAUAUAGGAAUACCAGGAGAAACUGGAAAACCAGGCAGACCUGGUAUGGAUGGCCCAGCUGGUCCACCAGGAGCUCCAGGUCAUAUUAUUGUUAUUCCAGCACCUAUUCAUGAUGAACGUAAUCCUCAAGCAUUUAUGCAUGCAAUCGAAGGAAUGGUUAAUGCUUAUGCACACAUCCUGACAGGUCAUCCAGGUGCUCCAGGACGACCAGGUUUACCUGGUGCUAUGGGACCACGAGGUUUGAGAGGUUUUAAAGGUGAACGUGGCGAAAUUGGAUCAAUUGGACCUAGAGGUGUACCUGGUCCAAUCGGACCUCCAGGACCACCAGGACCACAGGGACCACGUGGACCAAAUGGAUUCCAGGGUUAUCAAGGUUCUGAUGGUGAAAAGGGCGAGCGAGGACCACGUGGUCUUCCAGGAUUUCAAGGUGAUAAAGGAGAUCAGGGUGAAAGAGGACCUGUUGGUGAUCGAGGACCUAUUGGCCCUAUUGGUCUUAAGGGUAACAAAGGUGAAAUGGGACCACAAGGACCUCAAGGUAAAAGUCAAUAUUUAAUCAUAGAAAUUGAUGUUUUUAUAUGUGAAAUAGGAGAAACGGGUCCACGAGGUUUGAUUGGUCCAAAAGGAAACAUAGGUCGAACUGGUUUAACAGGUCAAAAGGGUAUACAAGGUCCUCAAGGCGUGAAGGGUGAUAAAGGCAACCGAGGCGAAAAAGGACCCACUGGAUGGCGUGGUCGUAUUGGUCCAAUUGGAUUUACUGGUCCACAAGGUAUACAAGGAGUCAUUGGACGAAAAGGAAAACAAGGCAUUCGAGGAUUACAAGGUCCUGUUGGUCCACAAGGAUCGCAAGGUGCUAUAGGUCAGAAAGGUGCAAUUGGAACAAGAGGACCUAAAGGAAAUCAAGGCGUCAUUGGUCCAAUGGGACCUAGAGGUAUUACUGGUGAACGUGGAUUGACGGGUGAAAGAGGUGAGAGAGGUGGGAAAGGUAAACAAGGUCCGAAAGGUACAAUCGGUAUAACUGGUAACAAAGGAAGUAAAGGUGAUAUUGGACCAGAAGGACUACAAGGUAUUGUAGGUGAUGUUGGUCCAAUUGGUUUUACAGGUGUUCAAGGUCUAAAAGGCGAUAAGGGGGAUAUGGGUCUUACGGGUGAUAUGGGAAUUAAAGGAAUGCAAGGAAUACAGGGCCUAAUUGGUCUUACUGGUCCUAUUGGAUUGACAGGUCCAAAAGGUAACACUGGUAUUCAAGGUGACAAAGGUGAAAAAGGAGAUCGUGGCGAUAAAGGAAAACAAGGUCCUCAAGGAAUUAUAGGUCCGCAAGGUAUUCAAGGUAUAACAGGUCCUAUUGGACCGAAAGGUGAUCAAGGAGAAAAAGGAGAUAAAGGAAUUAUUGGACCUCAAGGUCCAGAAGGACGACAAGGUCCAAUUGGAGUGACUGGUGAUAAAGGUGAUCAAGGUAUAAUUGGACCCGUCGGAGAAAAAGGAGAUCGAGGUGAAAAAGGCAAUCAAGGUCCACAAGGUGAACAAGGUAUUGUUGGUCCUAUAGGAAUAGAUGGAGAAAAGGGCCACCAAGGUCCAGUUGGUCCAAUUGGAGUAGAUGGACCUCAAGGCGAAAAAGGCGAUAAAGGUGAUAUUGGACCGAAAGGAAUUCAAGGUGAAAUCGGACCACAAGGAAUAAAAGGUGAUAUUGGCGAAAAAGGAGAUUUGGGACCUAUUGGACCAAAAGGAGAUAAAGGAGACACUGGAGUUAUAGGAUUACAAGGACAAAAAGGCGAUAUAGGUCCCAUUGGUAUCAUCGGCCCAGUAGGACCUAUUGGUUUGACAGGACCAAAAGGUGACCAAGGUAUUCAAGGAGAAAAAGGUCAUGUCGGAAUUCAAGGUGAAAAAGGAGAAAAAGGUAUCGAAGGCAAGCAAGGUCCUAUUGGACAAACUGGUGAAAAAGGAGAUACUGGCGAAGUAGGUGACAUUGGUCCGAAAGGUGACCAAGGAGAAAAAGGUAAUCAAGGAUUACAAGGACCAGUAGGACCAAUAGGUCCUGAAGGAAAGCAAGGACCCCAAGGGAUUAAAGGUUCAAUAGGAUUGCAAGGUCCUGUAGGAGAACAAGGUGUUACUGGUCCAAUUGGAAAAGAAGGACCAAAAGGAGAUACUGGUCCUAAGGGGGAUCAAGGAAUUCAAGGACAAAAAGGAGAAGUCGGCCCAAGAGGACCAAAAGGACUAACUGGCCAUGCAGGUCAACCAGGACCAAACGGUGAAAGAGGUCCAAAAGGUGAACGAGGACCACGUGGAGAUCCGGGAGAGCCUGGUGAUAGAGGACCACAAGGAAUUGCAGGAACUAAUGGUCAACCAGGAAGUAUGGGUCCACCUGGAUCACCGGGUGUUGUUGGUGUACAAGGUCCAAAAGGUACUGAUGGACCACGAGGUACCAAAGGAGAAAAAGGUUCAACAGGUCCAGCUGGUCCACCGGGUCCACCUGGUGAAACUCUCUUACCAAGUGAGCUCGGUUCACUUGAACCUCAAUCUGAAAAAGAUGAAUGGUCUAAUCAAAGAUUACGUCGUUCAGUAUUAAAUUUCGAAGAAAAUAUUCAUAUAAAUCCCAUUGGAAUACAACUUAUUCAUGUUCUUGAUAAUAUGGCAAAUGAAUUGAAUAAACUUGCAUCACCAAUGGGUCUUCGACGAAAAUAUUGGAUUGAUCCAAAUCAUGGUAGUACAUCAGAUUCAAUUGAAGUUAAUUGUAUUAUCGAAAGUGGAAGAAAAAAAACAUGUUUACAACCAAAUAAUAAUCAAGAAAAACAAAUAAACUAUAUCGACUAUGGACCCAUAUCUCAAAUACGUUUUUUACGAAUACUUUAUAAUCAAAUUGAACAAAAUGUAACAUAUGAAUGUAAUCAAGAAUUACAAAGAAAUAUAACACUGAUAUCUCUUGAUGAUGUUUAUUAUGAUAUUAAUCAAUUAUCUAAUGUAAUUAUACAUGAUGAAUGCCAGAAUCAACAUCAAGGAUCGAUCAAAUAUAUUAUUAAUACAAAUGAUACACAUCUGUUGCCGAUUAUUGCUCCUAAAGUGGUACGAUUCGAAUCGAAAUGGAUUGCAAGUCUGUCCUUAUUUAUUAAAUUAUCAUUUGCUAUUGGUUGUAUAUAUUUAAUGUGUAGCCGAGAUUCAUAUCAAAAAUUUGAUCGCUCACCUAUAUCAGCCGUAACAAUUAAAGUAAAACCACCAAAAACUGAUCCUGAUACUUCAAAAAUGGAAUAUUAUUUUCUAAACUAUAAUUCUAAUCAAUCAUCAUAUGAUGUAAAUGAUUUUAUUUUACCAGCAACAGAAAAUUCAGCUGUUACAAUAACAACUCGUAUAAUUGAAAUUGAACAUGAAUUAAAAAAAUGUUGUAAUAAAACAAUACCAUCAAAAAAACGAAGAAAGAGUCCAUUCAUGAAGACACCAGUAUUCUAUGAAUGCAAUGAUACUACAAGACGGAAUAAAGGUCCAUUAAGUAAUACAACAGCACCCCAUCAGUGUAAUAAAGAUGAACUACCUCGUUGUAUUAUACCUCCAUAUUAUCGUCCCAUAUAUGAAAACAAAACAGUUGAUGAAAAACCACAAUUAUGUUGGUUUAAAUCACCACCUGUAGCCGAAAUGAGAAAUUAUCAAGCUCUUCAUUAUGUAUUAUUUAUUAAACAUUAUGUUGAAUUUCCUCAAUUUAAUUUUACUCGAAAUAAUUUUGAACCAGAUAUGUUUACAAAAGGUGAUUUAGAUGACUGUGAAUAUGAUCCACAUACUGAUCCUUUCUGUCCAAAAUUUCGUAUAUUAACAAUAUUACAACUAAUCGUGAACGAUACAAGUGAAUAUAAUCGAAUGUUUGAGUUAGGUUCACUAAUUGAAAUAAAAAUAAGUUGGAAAUGUAAUCUUGAUAGAAAUAAAAAACACUGUAAACCAAAUUAUGAAUUUCGACGUUUGGAUCAUACAGAAGAUGCCGAUCAUCCUUAUCAAUUCGGUUCAACUUUUCUUACAUCACAUCAUUUUUUUCCACGAGGAGCUCGGCACUUAUAUCGUAUACAUAAACAUAUAUAUAAUUUACAUAUAAUCGUUACAGUUACAGGUGAAGUGGGAAAAUUUGAUUUAUUUCAAUCAACAACAAGUAUUGGAUCAUAUAUUGGUAUGAUUGGUGCCACAACACUUGUUUGCGAUUUAAUAGCGGCAUUUUUUACAAAUUUUAAAAGUGUUAAAUAUGAUAAUUGA